AUGGCCUUUACCACAGCAGCCGGUGGCGUAAGGCAAGGCAAGGAACACGUGAACAGCGGCAUUGAUGCUUGGAAAAUCAAGUGCUAUGAUGCUAGCCGCUUGACAGCUUGGCGGCAGAAUGCCGCUGGGCGAAACUCGGUGGGUCUAGACUGUGGGACGAUCGUCUCACAAAACCCCAACCCAAUCCAGCCCAGCCUAGAGCUGCUGCCGCCAUUUUCCGCAGACGACUGCACCAGACGGCGAUGCCACGACUACCACGACGCAGCCACCCUGGAGAGCACCGCCACCCCAGCCCGGCAACAUCGCAGAGUGCCGAUUGGAUGGACCGGACAGUUAUCUCCACCCGCCCUGGUCGGCCACGCCGGUGCGGAGUACAACCCGCUGCACUCUUGUCUCAAGCUUUAUUCGACUAACAUUACACCACCAGGUACAGGCCACGAUGACAGCCCUAGGGCACCAUGGCAGCACAGCGUGUCCACAUCCUCCUUCUCCCAAGUCGACGACCAGAAAUCUAAGUCGCCGUCGACUUUGAUACAGAGAUUCCGGGUCGGCGACGAUGCGCAGUCCCUCUUGGAAUUCCUCGACCAUGCUGCAUGA